AUGUCUAGCGAUCAGUGGAGGAAGAGGAAGCAGAGGGCUGAACAUGACGAGGCUGAUGACCGUUGGUUCCUACAACAGCACAGGAAAGACUUCGUGGUCGGACGUGGGCUAGGAGUGGCAGAAUGGAUCAAUUUAAAACAGCCCGUUGAACGUCGAUGGCAUUGGGAUGUAGGAGACGAUGAGAAGAGAGUUGGGGGGGAGGAAGAGGAGGAGCCCUCUCAUCUUCCUUCCCUCCUGCGCAGAUUCUUGCCGUCUCGAUCCGGGAGCGUCCGCUCUAGCGUGAAGGAGGAGGGCGGAGAUGAAGGGGAGGGUAUCCCAACAACGUUAGCGGGGCUGAUGUAUGCAAGGGUGAAGGAAACGCUCGAGCAGUGGAGGAGUCGACUGCAAGCGAGGAGGGAGUACCAGAAACGACUGCGAACGAUCUACGGCCCGGGCCCUGUCGAACAAGUCUUCACGUGGUACGUGCUUGUUCCCCUCGGUGCUCUGCUCGCCAAGUUGGAGGAGUACUUUGACGCGUACCUCGUCAUCCUCCGCCUCCGGUUCCUCCCUUCCUCCUCUGCCAGCGAGCGAGGGAUGACAUGGCGGGUGCUCGAGAAGCUGCAGAACAAGGUCCAGUUGAUCCAGUCAGUCUGCGUCGGGCUAACAGUCUGCGUUGCCCUCAUCGUCUACGAGUUUCAGUUCCGAGGGUACGUGCCGAGUUGGUCAGAAGACUGCAGAAACCCUUUCUCGGAUCCUGCUACCUGCGUUGAGAACUCUUACUGCUCCUACCAAUACUCCGAGCAAGACUCGAAGAUGCAGCUGUCGUGUUUGCCCAUCACCAACAACCUUAGUGCGCUCACCAAGCUCAAGGUCAUGAAUGUUGCCCUUACCUUGCUGAUGAUAUGGAACCUGUUCGUCACCUUGGAGUACGAGAACGCGAUCCGAGCACUUCGCAACCAUGUUGAGUUCAGAGACAAGAAGCUUAGAAGAUACUCGAUGAUUGAGAGCGGGCUCCUUCUCCCUUUCCUUGUUGAGGCAGUCUCCUUGGCUAUCGUACAGAUUCCCUUCCUUCAAUUUGACGUGAUCGUGCAAACCUCUUACUUUUCUACUCGGCCCAGCAUGUACUCGUUCGACGGCAUCAUCGCAAUCGUCAUGACGUGUCGCACAUAUCAAGUGUGGAAGUGGUAUAGGUCAGACCUCUUCGCCAAGUUCGAGAGCAGGCAGUAUGGUGUGAGGAUCAACGAUGAUCUCAUGGGAAGCUGGCUGGCAAUACGCUUUCUCAUCCUCAAGAACCCAUUCCUUGCAUCUUUCCAGUUCUUCCUCGCCCUCAUCUUAGUUGGCUCCUACGUCUUCCGCAUAGCGGAGAGCAGCACCAACAGCGUCAUCGCUGUCUACUACUGGGACUCCUUGUGGUUCGUCAUGGAUACAGCUCUCGGCCUUCCUGUAGGAGAGGUAGACAUCACUCCCUCGACCUCCUUCGGCAGGUUCAUCGCCAUCGCCAUCCGCCUCCUCAGCAUCUUGUGGUUUGCGCUGCUGGUCGCCGCCAUUCGGCUGCUGCUCCGCUUCGACGCCAAGGAGAUCGAGUUCUUCGGGUGGCUCCGCUUGUCAAAGCUGUUCCAGACCCUGCGGACGAGCGCAGCGCGAGUGAUUCAGUACUUGUGGAUGUACCGACGGUCAUGGCUGGUAGAGCGGCAGCGGACGAGGUUCAGGAGGGCCCGGAGGGACCUGAUGAAGUUCGAGAGCGGGAUCGAGAAUCCGGAGCGAUGGGACUUCGGAGCGUUCACAAGGGCGGAGUCGAGGAGGAUAUCAGAGAUCAAGAGCAAAGUGUCGUCAUACGCGAACCUGCUAGAGAAAGUUCUGGACAGAUCGGGCGCAGACGAGAGCUACGACAUGGCGGGAGUGAUGAAGAGAGGAGGAGGGGCGAUGUACUACAGUGAUACUGAUAGUGAGAGCGGGGAGGAGCUGGUGAUGCUGAGCGGAGUGAAGUUUGGGAGCGACGAGGACGGGAAGAGGAACAGGAGCAAGCAGCCGUUGGAAGGAGAGGAUAAGUACGGGGGCAUGAAUUACGAGGUGAUGCUGACCAAGAAGGAGAAGCGGAUUCGAAGAAGGAAGCAGCUUGAAGAGCAGAUUGCAGUCUGCAGUAAGGAGGCGGGGAGCGUGAGAAAGGAGCUGGAGAAGGUCGUGGACAAGGAAGGGAAGGUGGUGCCGCCGGAGGUCAAGGAGAUUCAACCGUGGGAGCAAGAGCUGAUCGCCAAGAUGGACGAGAGGUCGAGACGUUUACAGCAGGCUAUCACCCACAUCCUGACGCUCGUCCAAGGGCUCUACCACAAGCGCGGCAAGGCGCCAAAGUAG